UCUCGGUUUGGGAGAUAGUGGGAGAAAAGUACACAAAACAAGCUUAUCAGCCGAUACAAAAACCUUCGAUAAAGUAUUUUAUGUGUCUCAGUAGUGAAAAAUUGCCACAAGAUGAAAUUAUUUGUGUAUUUUCUCCUCAUGUUUGUUUCAUUUUGUGUGUCUGAACGGCCGAAAAAUUGUACAAAACCUGGCUUGUUUUGCGAAACCUGUUCCAACCUAGUUGCCUGUGUUCAAAACGACGACGAAACCUGGACCAAAGACACUGUUGCGACUUGUACAUCACCUAAAAGAUGCGUCCGGGGAAAAUGUACGACUGAUUUCGAUGUUUUUUGUUCCGGUCUUGCUGAUUUGGAUUUUCCCUGUCGAAAAGUGGGGAUUUUUCCUCAUCCCUUCUAUUGCAAUAAAUUCGUUUUGUGUGUGAAAGACUACAAUUUCCGAGCUUAUCUUAACGAAUGUGAACAAGGAUUUGGUUUUAAUGGCAGGACGGAUAUUUGCGAUGUUCCACUAGAAGAUGGGUUGUGUCCAGAAGGGGUGUUUCCGGUACCGGUUUGUAACACUUGGGGCCAAAGUGAGGCUUUACCGGAAAAUCCGGCAAAAUACUAUGUGUGUGAAGAGUACAGUAGCUCAACUAAAAUGCUUUAUCCUGUCAUUAAUGUGUGUCCUCCGGGGGAAAUUUAUGAUGAUUUUCAAUGUAGUAAGCGAUUUUCAACUUCAACAUUUACAACUCCAAGUACAACUUUAAGCUCCAAAAGCUCACUUUGAGUCUGUUUUAAUUGGGUUUUAGGAUUACAACUAAUAAGUUUAAAAUAAAAUUAUAAAAAUAAACUGUAAUUAGACUCACUUUUUUAAGUAAAUGAAAUUGAAUGUGAAUAUUUUUUUUAUUU